AUGGCCAAACUCUCCAAUCCUCUAGCUUUCACGCCCGGACCUGUUACAUUCUUCACCUCCAUCGCAUACGCAGCGCUCAUAAUCGCUCUUAUCAUUACCCAUAAUACUGUCCCACCAGCACCACAAAGUCCUACGCCGAUCAACGGAGUCAAUCUUACUGAAGCAUGGCAAGAUUUGCAAGUACUCACUCCGACGUAUCAUCCCUACAACAGUCGUAGCAACGAUCAAGUGAGAAAUUGGCUGCUGAGGAGGGUGAACAAUAUACUGAAGGACAACAACGUCACCGAUAGUCGAGACGCGGGAGUGAGAUCGCGUCACUACCCUAAUCGAACAGGCUCUGCAACCAAGCCUGCGGCGUACAUUUUCGACGACGAUGUGUCAAAUCUGACAUUUUCAUCCGCGGGAAGUACCACCUCGACAGCUGGUGUGAGCGUCUAUUUCGAGGGCACAAACAUCAUUGUGUAUAUCAGAGGCUCGCAAGACGAUGACACAGAAUGGUGGAAUGACCCAAAGGGCAGACCCAAUGGCAAAGGGGGCGUGCUCGUCAAUGCACACUACGAUAGUGUAUCGACUGGCUUCGGUGCUACUGACGACGGUGUUGGUGUGGUAACUAUUCUUCAGUUAAUCAAUCACUACACCACGACUGGCAACACACCCAAGAGAGGACUUGUGGCACUUCUCAACAAUGGCGAGGAAGAUUUCUUGAAUGGUGCUCGAGCCUUCAGUCAAAAUCCUAUGGCCAAGUUCCCGCACUCGUUCCUGAAUUUGGAAGGCGCUGGGGCUGGAGGCAGGGCAACGCUGUUCAGGAGUACUGACGUAGAAGUUACAAGUGCCUACCGCAACUCGCCGUAUCCUUUUGGCUCCGUCAUCUCUGGUGAUGGCUUCGCAAAGGGGCUCAUCAGAAGCCAGACUGAUUACGUUGUCUUCAAUGGCAUCCUUGGUCUUCGCGGCCUUGACGUUGCUUUUAUGGAACCACGAGCAAGGUAUCAUACUGACGAGGAUGAUACAAGGCACACCAGUCGAAAGUCACUUUGGCAUAUGCUCUCAUCGGCGCUGGCGACCACGCAAGCCCUUACCUCUGAUUCAACCUUGAUUUUCGAGGGCAAAUCGACAGCGAAGGGUGGUGUGGAAGCUGGCCACGGUCACCAUGGGGUCUGGUUUGACCUUUUUGGACGCGCGUUCGCCCUGUUCCGGCUACAUACCCUCUUCUCAUUGUCUGUGACAUUACUCGUUAUCGGUCCCGUCUUCUUGGGUAGUACUUUGGUUAUACUCUAUCAGCUCGACAAGCUAUACUUGUUUUCGGGUUCGAGGCUCUACCACGUGAGUGAUGGCGAUGAACGGAUACCUCUGUACGGCUGGCGAGGCUUCUUCCGCUUCCCACUUCUUUUUGUGAUCGCAGCUGCGGCGCCCGUGGCUUUGGUAUUCUUGGUCUUCAAAUUGAACCCAUUCAUUGCCCACAGCAGUGAAUGGUCUGUUUGGAGUAUGAUGUUCUCAUCCUGGUUUUUCACGGCCUGGUUCUUGUGCUGCUUCGCCGACUGGGCUAGGCCUUCUGCUCUUACUCGAACCUACGCUCUCACCUGGCUGUGGACUCUCUCCUGGGCUAUGCUGGUGGCCGAUACUGUCUUCCAGACGCAUUUGAAGCUUGCUGGGGGUUACCCUGUUCUCUUCUACUCUAUGUCUUUGUUCCUGGCUACAUGGAUCUCUUAUCUGGAGCUCUUUUCCUUGCCGACUAAGGCGAAAUACUGUCGUAGAAAAAUGGAGUCUCCAAGAAGAGACAGCAUUUCCAGCACACAGCUACCUGGCUCUGGCUCUCAAGAAGCGCCUGCAGCGCCUCCAGAUGAUCAGCGUGGCGAGGAUGAGCAGGCUGAUGAGAGAACUAGUCUGCUGAAAAAGGACAAGCGAACAACUUUUGCCAACUAUACCCACAAUGAGACUGAUGAGAAUGAAGUAGCAGUGGUCGACGAAGACAACGCCUCAGAGAAGAAAGAUAGCUACGUUUAUGGGGACGAACAAGACUGGAGUGAAUAUUUGCCCCGAUGGACAUGGUUGCUUCAACUCAUUCUGAUCGUACCAAUCAACGUCAUUCUUCUCGGCCAGAUCAGCUUACUUCUAGUAUCGGCACUUCAUCAAACAGGUUCUGAUGGAAGUUCGAUGUUCCUGGUCUACAUCGCCAUGGCCGUCUUCUCUAUCCUCAUGCUCUCGCCUACUCUGCCAUAUCUACAUCGAUUCACAUGGCAAAUCCCGAUAUUUAUGCUUCUGGUUCUGGUUGGCACCCUGAUUUACAAUCUCCUGGCUUUCCCAUUCUCGGAGAACAAUCGAUUGAAACUUUUCUUCCAGCAGGAGAUUGAUCUCGACCUAGGGAACAACACCGUGUCUCUCAUUGGGCUGCCUUGGUAUGUGCAAGAGGCCGUUGACUCGUUGCCAAGCUCAAGCGGACAAUCACUUCAGUGCGAAUCUGCUGUUCCAGGAAAUAGACUGAAAUGUUCAUGGAUUGGACUACCACCCAGGGUUGUGCAUACUCACCCACAAUUACCGCUGGCGAAACAAGUCAGGACAUGGGUCAACUACAAUGUGACGCGUGUAUCGAGCAAGAAUUCGGCUCGCUUCACUGUCAUGGGUCGUGAAUCACGUGCUUGCAAAUUGACUUUCGACUCUCCGAUCCAUAACUUUAUGGUUCAUGGAAGCGCGCCCACUGACAGGCGCUUUCCAAUUGUGCCUGAAGGUGGCAGUAAAGAGAUCCGUCUCUGGAGUCGGACAUGGAACCGAGCAUGGGUUGUUGAUGUAGAAUGGGAGGGUCCGGCCGAUCAGGAGAGCGAAAUCGUGGAUCUGGAGGGCAAAGUGGUGUGUCUGUGGAGCGACGAUAACAGGGAAGGCGUCAUCCCAGCCCUGGAUGAGGUCAGACACUUUGCUCCUGGCUGGGUUGCUGUAACAAAAGCUGGAGAUGGUUUGGUCGAAGGAUAUAAGAAGUUCAAGAUCUGA